AUGUUGUUUACAACUCCUAAAUGUGAAGGAGGAUGUAAGCUUGUCAUUUUGUCUGCUUCUGGCAUGAUCACUCAGUUCUCUAACCUUUAUCUGCAGAAAUUGAAUGACGCUAUUAAUGGAGGGCAGUUUGAAGUUGUUACUGAACUGAGAGGAUUGCUACAAGUUGAAUCCGUUGAUGCUGGUGUUGUUCAUCAAGAGAAGAUUUCAGGCAUUACUGUUGGACAGCUCUGGGAUUCUCCUGUCUACAUUACUUAUGGUGAGGGUGAUGCAGCCAUUGCAGUCUGGGCCAGCUGCAGAGAGGAUGGAAUUUAUCUCAUGGAUUCAAUCAGCUCAUACAUUCUUGGGGGAUCUUGUGUUGUUAAAGCAAACAUGUCAAGUGAUGGUCAUUUUCUUGUUGUUCUGGAUGACAAGAAUAUGCUGAGCUUGUGGAAUGUUUCAUCUUUGACAAUGAUUGCAUUCUGGCCUCAUCUAAGCAUAGAUGACUUUCUAUUAUUGAGUUCCAGUAAUAUUCAAACUCCUGGGAUGUCCAAAAGUGAUGAUGAAUACAAGCUUGUUGUGCUCACAACAGCAGAAAAUCAGAUGCGCUAUCUUCAAGUAUAUACUUUUCCUACCAUGAAGUCAGUGUAUUCUCUGCAAGUUUCUGCAUGCUCCCUAUUAGCACAGUGUCCAACCAAUCAGGAGUCAAUCUUUUUCAUUGAGGGUAUCUACCAAAACCCACAUGAAAGAACAAAUGAUGACAGACACAUUUCUAGCAUAAGAAUCAGAUCUCUUACGGAAGCUCUUCCUGAAAACAGAUUGUCCAGACUGCUUCACAAGCAAAAGUUUGAUGAAGCAUUGCGGUUUGCAAAACAGUUUAAUCUGGAUAUAGAGCUUGUUACUCCAGAGACCCUGCCAUCUUUACCAAAGCCCACCACCAUUUGCUAG